AUGAAUUUUCUUUCUUUGUUUUCACAGCAAGAUCGUCUUCGCCUGACUAGACUUAAGACAGAACUCUCAGAGUCGGUUCAACGCUAUGGAGAUCUGCAAAAGGUGCCCUUGCAUUGCCUCAUGUCUUCUCAUCUGUUCAGUGGGGUUUUGUUCUAUAGAGAACGGUGACCUUGCAUUGCCUCAUGCCUUCUCAUCUGUUUAGUGGGGUGUUGUUCUAUAGAGAAUGGUGACAUGGAAAAUAAAGAGCUGAUUUGCAACACGGCUGCAAUAUACAGUAUGUUUUACAAUAUUAACUAAAUGCUUCUCUCACGCUCUCGUGCUCUCUCUCUUCUUGUGUCUCUUCAGAAAAUUGCAGACCGUUCGAGGGCCUUGCUACCCCCGGCACAGACAGAAAUGAAGCAGGUGAAUUUGAUGCACAGUGUAUCAGUCUGUACUGGCCUUUGUUCCAUUGUGAAGGUGAAAACACUCAUUAGAGACAAAGAUAAUAAGCUUGGCCCUCCUUGUUUGAUUGCCUUCUCAUGA